CCUCUCUGUUUGCAGUGUCUCUUCUCCCCCGGGGCUCCCUGCAUUUCAGACUCUCUCCAUCUCCUCGUGUCUGUCUGCCUGUGACACGUCCUGUUCCUGCCCCCAACCCAAGAGUCGGGCCCCAGGCAGCCGGCUCCCCGCAGGAAAGGCCAUGAAGAUGCUGACUGUAGCACUGGUUCUGGUCGCGGCAGCCCAGGCGGAGGAGCAGAAUAAGGUGCUGCACGGUGGACCCUGUGAGCAGACGUCUCACCCCUACCAAGCUGCCCUCUACACCUCAGGCCACUUGCUCUGCGGGGGGGUCCUCAUUCAUCCGCUGUGGGUCCUCACCGCUGCCCACUGCAAAAAACCGAAUCUCGAGGUCUUCUUGGGGAAGCACAACCUUCGGCAAAGGGAGAGCUUCCAGGAGGAGAGAUCUGUUGUCCGGGCUGUGGUCCACCCUGGCUACAAUGCUGCCACCCAUGACCAGGACAUCAUGCUGUUACGUCUAUCACAUCCAGCCAAAUUCUCUGCACACAUCCAGCCCCUGUCCCUGGAAAGAGACUGCUCAGCCAACCACACCAGCUGCCACAUCCUAGGCUGGGGCAAGAUGGCAGAUGGUGAUUUCCCUAACACCAUCCAGUGUGCAUACAUCCACCUGGUGUCCCAUGAGGAGUGUGAUCGUGCCUACCCUGGCCAGAUCACCCGAAACAUGGUGUGUGCCGGGGAUGAGAAGCAUGGCAAGGAUUCCUGCCAGGGCGAUUCCGGGGGUCCACUAGUGUGUGGCGACCAUCUCCGAGGCCUUGUGUCAUGGGGUAACAUCCCCUGCGGAUCCAAGGAGAAGCCGGGUGUCUACACCGACGUCUGCAGAUAUGGCCACUGGAUCCAAAAAACCAUUCAGGCUAACUGAUCUUGACAUGUGACCUCCACCUCUUGACCUUCCCUGCACCGGCUCAGACCCACCACUUAAUGCUUAAUAAAAGAGGUGACAUCACAGCACAGAUCCUCCCUGAUUUUACCCCAGCCCCAUCCUUGCAUCAUUAGGGGUGAUGGGGACACAGGCUAAGGUCUUACCCCUGCCACUAAGAGAAUACAGGAAAAUCCUUUCCAAGCAUCCUCCUUGAUUAUUCCAUGGGCUCGAUUUCUUCCUACAGAGAAGUGGUCCCAAGUCUGGCCAAACCUGAGUUGGUGUCCCAGCUCCCCCACUUGCUAGCCGUGUACCCUCGGGAACUGCGUUCCUUCAUUGUGCAGAUUUUCUCAUCUCUAAAAUAAGGGUAAUAGUUGUAUAUUCCUCAUAAGGUGGUGGUUCUGUAGUUGGGGAGACUCAAGGUUGUAAACAUGU